AGCUCCCAGAGGGCCGCGCGAGGCGGAGCGUGCGCAGCAGGGGCCUUCCGGGUGCUGGCGCCGGGUCCGUGCCGGGAAGGGGAUGCAUGGUAAAGGUGACCAUGACGAAAUUGGCGCAAUGGCUUUGGGGACUGGCGCUCCUGGGCUCCGCUUGGGCGGCCCUGACCAUGGGCGCCCUGGGCCUGGACCUGCCCUCGCCCUGCCGGGAGGUGCUGUGGCCACUGCCCGCCUACUUGCUGGUGUCCGCCGGCUGCUAUGCCCUGGGGACUGUGGGCUAUCGCGUGGCCACUUUUCACGACUGCGAGGACGCCGCCCGUGAGCUACAGAGCCAGAUCCAGGAGGCCCGAGCAGACUUGGCCCAAAGAGGGCUGCGCUUCUGACGCCCUGACUUCGUUCCCAGGAAGCCCUCGUUCCCAUUUUCCAUUAAAGAGCGAGUUUAUUUUGUAA